AUGGACGUAGACGUCGAGGUCGAAGUCUCUUCUUCCGGUGUCGACGUCGAUGUCUUUUGCGCGCAGGUAGAUGAUGAACGUCCGUUUCCAGAUAAUGUAGAAGACGUAGAACGCAAUCAGCACGGGCACGGUCAGGUAGGCCUGGAAGAAGGCGGAAGCGUUAGGCGAGCCGCCCACCGGGAACAGCGCGAUCCAGAACUGCGCAAUCAGAAUGAGCACGUUGAGCAGCACACCAAAGUACGAGCCAAUGACGCCGGCCUGGGCGGAGAACGCGAGCUCGUCGGAGCCUCUGCCUCUGACGGCAAGAGCUCUUCUAAAUCUGAUGUGGCAGAAGCAGAUCGAUCCCCACGUGAACACGGACGACAAUCCAGAAAGAGCGAGCAGCCAGUUGAAGACGUCUCCCUCCUUUGGCGAGGCGGCCAGGAAACAGAGCAAUCCGAACGCGAGGGUGAAGCAGACGGCGACGAGCGGUCUUCCCUGUCUGUCGAUGUAGCCGAAGAUCUUUGGAGCAAAGUUCUGCUCGGAGAGAGAGGCGAUUGUUCUGGAGCACGCGUAGACGGCCGAGUUUCCGACAGAGAGCACGGCCACCAUGAUGACGACGUUGAAAAUGGAAGGCAGCACGUUGAUGCCUCCGUUCUUGAUGGCAAUGACAAACGGCGAGGCGGUGGCGUCCACAGAGGACGAGCCGAGCAGUCUGUCGUCGGUGUAUGGCACGAGCAGGCCGAUGAUGGUGAGCGAGAUCAUGUAGAAGAGCGUGAUUCUCCAGAACACCUGUUUGAUGGCCGAGGGCAGCGACUUUCUAGGGUUGUGGGUCUCUGCAGCAGCCAGUCCGCAAAGCUCGGUUCCGGCGAACGAGAACGCAGCGGUGACGAAAACGGCACACAGACCCUUGAAACCGUCUGCGAAUGGGCCUGGGUCGUGGAAGUACUUGCCUCCGAGGUAGCCACCUUUUGGACCACCGCCGCAGUUGAGGAUGAUACCGAGGAUGAUGAACCCGAUCACGGCGAUGACCUUGAUGAAGGAGAACACGAACUCGGCCUCACCGUAGCCUCUGACUCCGAAAAAGUUGAUAAUCACAAUCACCACAUAGAAAAUGGCCACCCAGGCAGCAGAGUUGAUGGUAGAGUUCCAGAACUUGAUCGUCAGCGACGCAGCCACCAGCUCCAGCGGCAGCACCACGAGCCACUGCAGAGCGUAGUUGUACGCCAUGCAGAAACCCCAGCACGGAGAAAUGAACCUGGUGUUGUACUGGACAAACGAACCGGAAACCGGGAACGUGACGGUCAGCUCUCCCAUGGCCUGCACAGUACAGUAGAUCAUGAUACCGACCAGUCCCCACGCAAUGAUGAGCGAGGCGGGGCCGCCCGUGGCCAGCGCGCUUCCAGAACCGACAAAAAGACCCGUUCCAAUGGAGCCUCCCAGAGCAAUCAUCUGGAUGUGUCUAGGCUUGAGGUUUCUGUGCAACGGCGAGCGGGCACUGAGGAUGUUGGCCCGUUCGAUGUCGGUGAGGUUGGGGUCGAGCUCCUCGACGAUGGCCGGCUUAAAGGAGUCCUUGAAGUCGCCGAACCAGCCCUUGGAGCCGGAGUUGGCGAUCUCUGUCUCGCGGAUAGGAGACACCGAGGUGUCGACAUCGGUCUUGUUCUCUUUGGUGUACGACAUGUUGGAGAGAAAUGCCAGCGGGGAACGCUGGUCUUUAAAUGCAACCGUGCGGAGUCUUAUCAGCUUAUCAGAAAAGAAAUUCCUGGCCUGACUAUGGCACGAGACGAGAUUCGCCUUGUGCUGCCGUGGAAAAAACAGAAUGCCGUGUAUUUUUUUGCGUGGCGCAUGCGCGUUGCCAAUAAGAAAUAA